AUGAAUAACAUCCUAUUCUCGAUUUUACCGUUACUAGGGUUAGUGGGGUGAAGAAUCUUGCUGUGGGAGUUCCAAGCUUAAUGUGAAAGAUUGGAUCUUGUUGCUUUUCUCAUAAAAAUGCCGCCAAUGGUGACUUCAAAAAAAUCUUGCGAAACUGCUGGGUUUAGGAAUGUUCUUCCUUCACAGUCCAGUGCUGCUUCUGCUGUCACUGGGCAAAAAGAUAAAUGGUCUGGUAAUGGAAAGAUCUCGAGCAGUUCGGAUGGUGGAAAGUAUGGGAAGGCUAUUGCUGCUAUUCCGCUGAGAAGUUUACCGUCUUAUGAUGUGAAACAAAAACCGGAAAAGUCAAUCUUGUCACAUGACAAAGAACAUGAUGAAGGACGGAAAGAAGGCAAGGCCUCUGGUGAUAUGGAUCACGAGAAAGAGGAUUUGUGGACGCAUGGGAUGGAUAAGCUGGGAGCAGUAAUUGCUGAUGCAAAGGAGUUUGUGAGUCUGUUGGAUUCUUCUUAUUCUAUGCUUAACACAUUUCUUGAUGCGAUUGACGUUCUCAAAGACUCGGGAGAAUCCAAGGGUCAACAUCCCUCUUUGAACUCCGAUGCCUUAACUCGAUGCACUUCUAUUGACCAAAGUCUUUCUAGGAAAAGGCUAAAAGUUAGCAGUGGGGUCGCUUUGGUUGUUCAAGAGGAAAAUGCUUGUGGAGCCGAAACCAUGCCGGAAGAUAAAGAUGCUCGUGGAACUGAAACCAUGUCGGAAGAUAAAGAUGCUCGUGGAACUGAAACCAUAGCGGAAGAUGAAGACGAAGUUAGGAUUUCAUCACCUGCUGUUCAAGAGGAAAAUGCUUGUGGAACUGAAACCAUGCCGGAAGAUGAAGAUGGUCGUGGAACUGAAACCAUGUCGGAAGAUAAAGAUGCUCGUGGAACUGAAACCAUGUCGGAAGAUGAAGAUGAAGUUAGGAUUUCAUCAGCUGCUGUUCAAGAGGAAAAUGCUUGUGGAACUGAAACCAUGCCGGAAGAUGAAGAUGCUCGCGGAACUGAAACCAUGUCGGGAGAUGAAGAUGAAGUUAGGAUUUUAUCACCUGCUGUUCAAGAGGAAUAUUCUUGUGGAACUGAAACUAUGUCGGAAGACGAAGAUGCAAUUACGAUUUUAACACCAGCAGAGUGGAAAGUGUCCCAGCUAAGUGUCAAUAAAAAGAAUGGAUGUGUCAAACCUCACGGAACUGUUGAUGUUGAUGAUUAUGCAGAUCCGGUUUCUGUUGCCACAAAAGCUGACCAACCUGUUGAAAGCUUUCCUAAUCGUGAGCUAAACCGCCAGCGUAACUAUUUCACUGAUUCUGGUGAAUGUUCCCAUGAGUCUGAAGGGGAGGGAUAUGAUGAUGCAUCGAAGAAGAUGUUCACUGAAGAUGAUGGAGCUAGUGGCACGUAUUCCUUGAAAUGUACAGACGAACAUGAAUAUGCUGAGAAUCACAAGCACCUCAUUAAUUUCGAGAUUGUACCGUGUGACCAUCCCAAGGGACGUAAGGUGAUGGAGGCUCUAAAACUAUUCAAAGAGGAAUAUGAUAAAGUGUCUCAACAUCGUGGGAAUGAACCUGGAGUAGGAAAAACCACGAAAGGACCACACUAUGUUGCAGCGGAAAAUGUGAGGUUGAAGGGAAUGGAUUUUUCCCCUGACAAGCCGUUUGGCCAUAUUCCUGGUAUUGAGAUUGGUCAUGAAUUCUCAUUUAGGACGGAACUUGCUAUUGCUGGUCUCAAUAACCAAACUUUUAAAGGCAUUGAUUGUGUGAAUGUUGAUUGCACUCCGUGUGCAACUAGUGUUGUGGAUUCGGGGCGGCAUGAGAACAAGGCUAAAGAACAUGAUAUUCUGAUAUACUCUGGUGAAGGUGGGAAUUCAAAUGUAUUUGCCAAUAUUCCGUCAGAUCAAAAGCUCGUGAGAGGAAAUCUUGCAUUGGUUAAUAGCAUGAAAAAGGAGUUUCCGGUUCGAGUCAUCCACAAGAGAACCGGUCCUACAAAAUUUAAACACUUAGGUGGUGUGUCCUAUGUGUACGUGUAUGCUGGGCUGUAUAAGGUAAACAAAUAUUGGCAAGAGAGAGACAAUCAAAGUUGUAAAUUGGUGUACAAAUUUGAAUUGCAAAGGCUGCCAGGGCAACCGAGGAUUGGUGUCAUCCCGGAUGACCGUGACCCCUUACCAGGGCGACGAAGGAAUUAUGGUACUGAUGCUACAGGGAGAAAGCCAGUUAAGGAAGUUUGCGUGGUAGAUGAUAUCUCACAAGAGAAAGAGAAAUUUAAAGUUCACGCAAUGAAUGGGGUGGAUGAUGAGCAUCCGCCACCUUUCACCUACACGAUCAAGAAUGUGUAUCCGCAUUUGUAUUGGCUCGAGGAGCCUGCAGGUUGUGAUUGUGUCAAUGGGUGCUCGGACUCUGUACAGUGCCCUUGUGUCAAGAAGAACGGAGGUGAGAUUCCGUAUAAUGAAAAUGGACAACUUUUGAAAGCAAUGACUAACGGUGUAAUUCAUGAGUGCGGACCUUCAUGCAAAUGCCCUCCUUCUUGCAUGAAUCGAGUAAGCCAGGGUGGUACUCAUCCCGAGUUGGAGAUUUUUAAGACCAAAUCGAUGGGCUGGGGAGUGAGGUCCCGGAAUCAUAUUUUGCCUGGAAGUUUCAUAUGUGAAUAUAUUGGAGAGAUAUUGAGGGAGACCGAAGCCAAUCAGAAAAUUGGCAAGGAUGAAUAUCUGUUCGAUAUGUGCCAUGGGAAAUCGCAGGAUGAUGAUUAUGCACUUGAUGCUGCCAGCUACGGCAAUAUUGGUAGAUUUAUUAACCACAGCUGCGACCCCAACGUCUUCACCCAAAAGGUAUUCUACGAUCACGAAGACAAGAAAAUGCCCCAUAUUAUGUUUUUUGCUGGUGGGAAGAUACCUGCUCGGCAAGAACUAAUGAAUGAUUAUAAUUAUGCAAAGGUAAUUGAUGCUCAUGGAAAACUUAAGAGUAAGGCUUGCCACUGUGGUUCUAGGAAAUGUACUGGCAAGCUCUACUAGCCACACUGUUUGCUACUCCAAUAACUUGACUUUGCUUUCUCAUUGUUUUCAUUUAUAUUGUGUUAUAAAUGAAAAUAGUGAUAUCAUUGUUGAGGUACA